AUGGAUAAAUUGACAAAAAGAAAAACGGAAGAUGCAGAUUUUGAGGAUGAUUUAGAACAUUUGGAUGAGAAAGUUGACAUUUCAGUUGAAAAACAAGAAAAUACAGAUCAGCAAAUUAGAUCCGAAGAUAAUGAAAAAUCGGAUUCUAGAUCUUCUAUGAAUAAACAGAUGGCUAAAAGAAUGAGAAGGGAAUUAUUUUUACAGGAUAAUUCGGAUGAGAAAACUGUGCAACAAAAUAAUAAAUCUGAAGUAAAUGAUCUAUUGCAUCAAGAAAACCCAGUUUCUAGUACUAGCACAAAUAAACAAUUUGCAAAAAGUAUGAGAAGAGAAUUAUUUUUAAAGGGUGAUUCAGAAGAUUCGGAUAAAAAAGUUGAAAGUAUUUCAAAAAAGCAAGGAAAAAGUGUAGAACGAGCUCUAACAUUUGAUAUUAAUGAGAUGGUACGUCAAGAAAGGCAUGAGACCAGAUCUGCUAUUGCUAAACAAAUAGAUAAUUUAGAAUAUAUGGAUGAAAAUGCUGACGAUAUAGCAAAAUUUCAAGAAAAAACUGGUCAACAAAGUCGGACAUUUAUUGUCAAUGACUUCUUGAAAUCAAAGGAAGCUGAAGAAAAAUGUAUUUAUUGUGUGAAAGACAAGGUUAAAUCAUCACCAUUUGCCAUUGUUGCAAUAGGUUAUAGAGCAUAUCUUGCAUUACCAAAUGUAACAGAGAUGACUAAAGGACAUUGUUUAAUUGUACCAACUCAGCAUAAUUUUAUGAAAUGUUUAAUGAAGAUGUUUGCAGAAGAAGACCGUGGAGUAAUAUUUAUGGAGACAGUGAUCAAUCUUAAAUAUCAUAAUCAUACAGUGAUAGAAUGUAUACCACUACCAUGGGAUAUGUCAGAAGAUGCACCGGCUUACUUCAAGCAAAGUAUUAUAGCAAGUGGAAGUGAAUGGUCACAAAAUAAAAAAAUCAUUGAUACCUCAAAAAGAGGAUUUCGACAUUCAAUGGUUAAAGAAUUGCCAUAUUUUCAUGUAUGGUUUGGUCUGGAUGGUGGAUAUGGUCAUAUAAUUGAAAAAAGUGAAAAUUUUCCUAAAUGGUUUGGAAAGGAAAUUAUUGCGGGUAUUUGUGAUUUAUCUCCAGAAGUUUGGAGAAGACCUAAGAAACUUGAUACAAAGGAUAAUUAUAAACGAGCACAGGAAUUCAAGAAACCUUGGGACAAAUGGGAUUGGACAAAAGCAUUACAAAAUGGUUAA